AAGUGUAGUUUCACAACAACAAUAAUCAUAGUGUGGUUAAAAUUUCAAACAUUAUCGUUCUUAUCAGUCGUCUGUAACCGUUAAAAAUUGUAAAUUGGAAUAUUCUGUGAUAUUACCGAAUAGGAUGUUUAUAUAUUCAUAUUGAUAUAGCCGGUUAUCCGAUAGUACUUGCUAUGAAGUUACUAUUUAUUACCUAUUUAGUAUUCGUUUAUUGUACUGAAUACUGAUGUUAGAAUCUGUGUUUUUCCAUGUCCGCGUCUUCGUUGUCGCUGUAAAUUAUUGUUAUAUCCACCCGUAGAUGUCAAUUCUACCGAACGUGAUCGAAUCAAUUAAAAGGCACCCUCUUCUGACCAAAUUUUGAUUACAGAUAUUGAUUGAGUCAACAGCCCCGAACCGGUACACACUAUGACUAAAACAUUAACGACUGCAUCAGAUGUGUACAAUCGCAUGUUAGAGUCUUUGAACAGCCACAACAAUGUCAAGUAUAUGCCAUAUCGCAUUGCUCUGAAAUUGACCGUCUUACAAAAAUACACUUGCUUGGAUAAAGUGUCAUUGUAUGUAAUAAAUGGUGUUUAUGAGCAACAUAAAGGAAAAAAUCUGAAUCUAAUCGAUAAGGUUAGGUUAGAUGAUAUUGUAUCUGAUAUCUAUUUUGCAGUCCAAAAAGAAUACUCAGAUUUAACCUUUGACGGAGAAAUAGUAUCUAACGUUUUAGUUCAGUUAUUGGGUCAAAUAUUUUCAAAGUAUACAAAUAAACAAAUCAAUUUAAGAUCUGCUCUGACUGUCAUAGCCUGUUUAUCAUGUGAUAGACUUCGUGUACGAUUGGGUUAUAUGUUCCAGUUAAAUUGCCUUAACAAUGAACUUGGUUUAACAAAAGAAUGUUUUAGAAAUUUUUUAAGAGACCUCAGUUUAUUACUAAACUUUUUAUCAGAAAAAAGUGUAUUUGAAUCCUCUUCAAUCAACAAUAUAAUUGAUAAUUGCUUCCAAAAUUUAAAAAACCCAAAUUAUAUGACAGAAGCUGAAUUUAUGCGAUGGUUUAUGACUGAGCCACCAGUAUUAGAAUGGUUACAAAUAUUGUAUAGAAUAAAAAUGGCUGAAAAUGUCAAUCAUGAAGUAAACUGUAAAGUUUGCAAAUUACCUGUGAUAGGAUUACGUUAUUUUUGUCUAAAAUGUGUAAAUUAUAAUCAGUGCCAAAACUGUUUUUUGAUUGGUGCCACUAACAAAAAACAUAAAUUAAAACAUGCUAUGCAAGAAUAUUGUUGGCUGGAAACACCUCAACAGUUAUACACACAAUACUUAAAAUCCUAUUUAGGAAGAAUUUUUGGUUUAACAUCAAAAAUUCGAUAUCUUCCUGUUGAGAUGCCUAUUGAUGUUAUUGAAACAAAACAAAAUGCUGUAUGGGCUAAGGAAACCAGUAGUAUUUCAAAUGAUUCCAUCGCAGUCAAAUCACCUCGUCAAGAAUUACAGAGUGUUAUAUCACAAAUAGAAAGAGAAAAUAGACUAUUGGAGAUUGAAGUAAAUACAUUGAAACGAGGUGACUCUCAGUUUGAAGCAUUUUUAGACCAACACCGGAGCAAAAUCGAAAAACAGUUGAUACGUCUAAAACAUUUAAAGAACCAUUUGAGUGGUACGUUCGGACGUGGUAAGAUGAAGCGUAUGCAGAGCACACCUCUUAUCGUGUCAAGACCAAAUUGUAAAGAUAAUGGAAUCGCCGCGGUCAACCUGAGUCCGAUAUUUUCUGCCGAAGCGUCAUCGCGCACUACUAAUAGUUGCUCUGGUCUAAGUGCGCUUAGCACGUUGUACGGCGAAAAGAUGGUCGGAGAAGGCUUAGUCUCUGAACCAAAUGAAUUUUCUUACUGGUUGGGCCCGAAAAUUGCUUCCGCCAAGAACCGAGAAUUGGACGGGACUUAUAUCGAAAAACCAGAUCACAACGACAAAGAAAACGAUCCUGCAGUGGCUGUAGCCGUGCCAGCUAGAUCCGAGUCCCAACCGCCAUUGUCGGUUUUAUCCGACAUUCUGAACAGGCCGUCAAGUGCUGGUGGCGACGACCCUAAGUCUCCCGACAAAAUUUCCAUUACGGUUAACAAACAGUCGUCAGUAUGGCUCAACGCCAGUAGAGACUACGCCAGAGAGCCAGUUGACGACAAAGACAUGGACGAAUUGCACACCGAACUAGAUAAGAUUUUGGACCAGUUACAGAAACUCGUAACGUAGAUAAAUAAAAAAAAACAUCUAACUUUUAUUUUUUUUUUCCUAUUAAAUUUAAUUUUGCACUUUAUA